GUCUUUUUCUCAAGCUUGGGUUAUUCUCAGCUGGUGCAUAUAUCGCACAAGUCCUUCGCAGUGCGCACUAGGGCCAGCUUCAAGUUGUUAUUUGAUUUACCGCAUUACUCCGACUAAAAUCAAUGUCGUCAUCAUCAAUACCCUCAGAAAGGCUCUCCUGUGAACAACAUUUUGGAUGCAAUGACAAUAUGUCUGAAGCCAUGAGCAAAAUACAAAUGGCUGGGCGCAAUCGGGAGCUGCAGACAUAUUUGAUGUCGCUGGAUGAUAUCGACUUGGACGACGAAGCCCAGGAUAAGCUAUUCACCCAGUACACUAUCAAUACAGUGUAUGCGAGCUAUUCUGCAGCACAGCAUCGAGUUCGCCAGUACACUCAUCUCUUGGAGCUCCUCCAACGCGAGAUGGAUGAGUGGGCAAUGAAAGUAGAGAAGGCAAGCCAUAUUAUGCCGGACUACAAGCCUGUAUGGCUUUUACAGACGCAGUGAACGUUUGUCUCGUUGCUAGGUGUACUCCGUAUCAUUUUUAUUAUCAUUAGUAAAUAUUGAACGCGUCCGACACUCACAGUUACUUGUUUUAUUUCAUUCACCUUGAAGGACCCUUGCUGACUUGAGUAUAUUGUUUCCUUUCAUCCCGGCGUCACUCGGCACGAGAUUCGUUAAUCUUUACCCCUUAAGAUUAUACUUCAAACUGUUGUCACACCCACUGAGUGCUCAUUGACGAAUGAAUGAUAUUCAAUCACUAGUGGCCGCAGUGACUACUACUAGUGCGGAUGCUUGCGACCUGAGGCCCGAGUCCUAGCCUCCCUGACGCAGGCAGAAAUUAUAAUUUCU